GCAGCUCGACUCGGCGGCGCGGAACCCGCUGACCUUCUUCUCUUUCGAGGAGCUCCGGAAGGUGACCAACGGGUUCCGGCAGGACUCGCUAAUCGGCGGCGGCGGCUUCGGCAGGGUGUACAAGGGCGCCGUGGUAUGGACGGCGGCGGAGACGAGCCCCUGCAGGUCGCCGUCAAGGUGCACGAUGGGGAUAACAGCUUCCAGGGCCACAGGGAGUGGCUGGCGGAGUUGAUCUUCUUGGGCCACCUGUCGCACCCAAACCUGGUGAAGCUAGCGGGCUACUGCUGUGAGGGCGAGCACCGGGUGCUGGUCUACGAGUACAUGCCGCUCGGUAGCGUGGAGUCACACCUCUUCUCACGGGUGAUGGCGCCCCUGGCGUGGGCGACGAGGAUGAAGAUGACGCUGGGCGUGGUGAGGGGCCUGGCUUUCCUCCAUGAGGCCGAGAAGCCCGUCAUCUACCGCGAUUUCAAGACCUCCAACAUCCUCCUCGACCAUGACUUCAACGCCAAGCUCUCCGACUUCGGCCUCGCCAAGGAUGGCCCCGUCGGCGACAUAUCCCACGUCUCCACCCGCAUAAUGGGCACCUACGGUUACGCCGCCCCAGAGUACAUCAUGACAGCGAUUAGGGCACCUGACGGCGAUGAGCGACGUGUACAGCUACGGGGUGGUGCUGUUGGAGCUGGUUACGGGGCGCAAGUCACUGGACAAGUGUUGGCCGAUGCGGGAGCAGACGCUGGCGGACUGGGCGUUGCCGAUGCUGAUGCACAAGAAGUAGGUGUUGGGGAUCCUAGACCCAAGGCUCGGCUCCGACGACUACCCAGUCAGGUCCGUGCAGAAGGCGGCCAUGCUCGCGUACCACUGCCUCAACAGCAACCCCAAGGCGCGGCCGCUCAUGCGCGACAUCGUCGCCUCCCUCGAGCCGCUGCAGCAACUGGAGCUCGUGCCCGCCAACUUGUGAUCCUCAUUUCAAGUUUUAGUCCAGGCCUUGCUGGUGUUGUCAGAUCCAUCGCCUCUACUUCAGCUCCUAGAAGCAGUCUAGAAUUCAUGUGAAAAAAAUUGUGUGUGAUUGCCUAGUAUAGCAGGCAGGCAGGUGUAGUGUUCUUGAUGCUAUAAAUGAUUGUACAUUCUUCCGAGUUGUGGACCCUAGAGGUGUGCGGGUGGAAACGGACUCUGAUAGUUUGUCAA